AUGGCUGCGGCAACCCACGACAUCGACCCAGAUGGGGACAUCAUUCUCAAGUUGACGGAUGCGAACGCGCCAUUUGCAGUAUGGCCGGAAAAAGAUGCUACGGAUGCCGACGGCAAGGAACAUGAAACCUUCACAGACAAUCUAGACGGCAUCGACGCCAAUAGCGAAGCCGGCGAGGACCCAGAACAGCAAGGCGAUGCCACUAAGCCGAGCACCAAUUCUGUGUCGUCAAGCGCGGACGAGAACGUCAACACCCCGGAAAGGCCUGUGGUACCUGCUCCAGAGGUACACCUGAGACUGUCUUCAAAACAUUUGACCCUUGUGUCACCCUACUUCAAAUCCAUGCUCUGUGGGCCGUGGAAGGAAGGCGACAGAAGCGGAACCCAGACCAGAGUGCUCACUGCCGAGUCGUGGGACCAAGAUGCUCUCUUAACCGUCAUGUGCAUCAUUCAUGGACGAAACAAGAAAGUCCCUCGUGAGGUAGACAUUGAGAUGAUGGCUAAGAUUGCAGUCAUCGUGGAUUAUUACCAAUGUCAUGAAGCGCUCGAGGUCUUUUCCGAUAUCUGGUUGAAGGAGUUGAAGCGCACGGUUCUCCUUCCAGAAGCCUACAACCGUGAUGCUGUGCUAUGGUUGCACAUCGCCAACGUCUUUUCGGACGACCUAACGGUUCGGUCCAUGACCAGGAUAAUGCAGCGUGACCUGACUGAGCCGCUGUCCACGUUGGGUCUUCCAAUUCCCGCCAGCGUUGUUGGCAUUUAG